UGGACCCAACACUUAUCGAUACUGAUUCAAACCCGUACGACCUGAAAGCACCAACCAUCCUCUCACUUUGACUCACCAUACGACUAACUGCCAAAUCACAUCACGACAACCUCCCCAAAGCAAAACCCAUGACAACCUCACCACCUCCACCUCCUCCCUCCCUAAAAAUCCUAAAAGCCCACUCUCCAACUCUGACGAAGUUACUCAAAGCCCGUCCCGCGCCUAUUCGAGAAACAGCAUUGAUUUCCGCAGCCACAUCACGCACGAAACCGAUCAAACCGGCGGCGGGAGAUUGUUGUGGGAGUAGUUGUGAUCCUUGCGUUAUGGAGUUGUUUGCGCAGGAGUUGAAGGUUUGGAAGGAGUGUGUUUUGUUGAGGGAGGUUGUGGGGACUGAGGAGGGGGAUGAUGGGGAUGUUAAAGAGGAAGAGGAAGAGGAAGUGGGAAAAUUGGAGAAUUGUAAAGUUCCUGGGGCUUUUGAGUGGUGAUGGUGGAUAUCGACGAGGAAAGAUAAAUUUCAUCUCGAGAGCUCGGAAGGGAUACUCGGUUUCGCUGCCCUUCAUUGCUACUUCCUCGCAGACAUCUCGUCGAGAUCGCCACGCUUCAUUGGAUCCAAUAACAGAAGGAACGAAGCAGCAUCAGC